AUGAAUUCUCGUCCACACAAACAGUCCAUGUCCGAACUCAAGCUUCGACGAUUGACGGAGCAUAAUCAGCGUCUAAAGGAGGAUCUGGCGCGACCACGGAUAAGGGUUAGUGAAGCAAGCGCAAGUCUUAUACGAUAUUGCAAGACAACAAAAGAUCCUCUCGUGCCAUCAGUAUGGGGACCCGUUGCACGAAAUGAAGAUCCUUAUGCAGCGACAGGUGGAGGAGCCAAGGGAUGUUGUGUUGUACAAUGACCGCAUCGCUCUUUCUCUUCUUUCCUUUAGCCGUUCUUCAUUCCGGUGUUCAUGUCAUUUAUUCCCUUGCUUUUCCCCCUUUUCUCCUGCUGCCGACCCUCGACCCCGUUGCCCGUAUGGUCAAUCGCUUCGUCUUGUCCACCGUACAUCAUUCAAUCCCUGGUCUCGUUGCUCCCCUUCAUUUUUCUUUAUACUUCAACUGUUGUUCUUACAACCGGCUUAUAACAUUUUAUACCAUCGCUCAUUUUACCAUCCCAACUGGCCCAUUACAGCUUCAGCGAUUUGAUCGUCUACGGUGAACCUUGACCUGGUUCUUCUUUUUUUUUUUUCCUUUCCUCAGUUUUUUUUCCCUUCUGUAUCUUCUUUUCUCGGGUAUGAUAGGAUUCUUAUAUGCUAUUUCUAUAUUUUUCUCUCCCUU